CUUAUCAUUGCUAAUAAAGUUAGUUUAAAACAGUAGAUAAGCCGCGACGUUGCUUAGCUAUAAAGGUCUAUGUGCUUACAUUUAGACAUUAGUUUAAGACAUUUAACCGCCACUGAUUGCUGUCCGCAGCCGAAAACGGUAGAAAUACAAGGCACUUAAGAAUGUCCAAACUGUACCUCGCUGCCUUUUUGGUGGGAUUUUUGUGCGUUACAGCUUCUGCUGCACCCUACGAACAGCAAACCGAGGUGACCGGCAGAGCGGUUGCAGCCGACGGUAACGAUUAUCGUUUGCCAACGGAAAUACUGCCAUGGAAUUACGAGCUAAAGCUUACGCCGUAUCUAUUGGAAACUGAUGGCAAUAAACGCUUCACUUUUGAUGGUGAAGUCACCAUACAAAUCAAUUCAACCAUCAAUACGAAAACAUUAAUUCUACAUACGAAAAACUUAAAUUAUACAACUAGAGAAUUAUGGUCUGAAGACGCACCCAAUAACAAAAUUACUUUGGGCGCGGGCACACUUAAUAGUGUCACCGACAAAAUCCAAUACGACUUGACGACAGAAUUGGUAGCGAAUAAAACGUAUUUCUUGCAUUUCGUCUAUAAUGGCACCAUGGACGAUGACAUGCAGGGUUUCUAUCGUAGUUCAUAUGUGGAUGCGGCGAAUAACACAAAAUGGAUUGGCUCUACGCAAUUCCAAACGCAUCAUGCACGCCGCGCCUUCCCCUCAUUCGAUGAGCCAAAAUUCAAGGCUACCUUCCACGUGACAAUUAGACGCCCCUCGACAUUCAACACCUUUGGCAACACGCGCAUUUCCAGCCAAACCAUUGAUGGAAAUUAUGUAGAGGAUGUGUACGUGCAAACACCACGUAUGUCCACUUACCUUCUCGCUUUCAUCGUGUCCGAGUUUACAGAACGUAAUAACACUAAUUUCGGUGUAAUUGCACGACCUGAGUAUUACGAUCAGACCGAAUACAGUUUCACUGUUGGUCAGCAAAUCUUAGCCGCACUCGACGACUACUUUGGCAUUAAAUAUUACGAAAUGGGUAAUGAUAAAAUGCAUAUGGCUGCAAUUCCUGAUUUCUCUGCCGGUGCAAUGGAAAACUGGGGUCUCCUAACCUACAGAGAACGUGCCUUGCUGUACGAUAAGGAUUCGACUACGCUCAGCGCUAAGCAAUCGAUUGCCGGUGUGGUCGCGCACGAACAGACCCAUAUGUGGUUCGGUGAUUUGGUUACUUGCGAUUGGUGGAGUUAUACAUGGUUGAAUGAAGGUUUCGCACGUUAUUUCCAAUACUUCGGCACAGCUAUGGUUGAAAACGAAUUGGGGCUGGAUCAACAAUUCAUUGUCGAUCAAGUACAAGUUGUGAUGAGUAUGGACUCAACCAAUAGCACAAAUCCGAUGAGUGAUGAAGAUACAAACACCCCAAGUGAUCUGUCCCGCAUGUUCAAUAGUAUUUCUUACAAUAAAGGCGCCAGUAUUAUACGCAUGGUCAAGCAUGCCAUCGGCGAGGAGAACUUCAAGAAAUCGCUAAACGACUAUCUAAACAAGCACAAAUACACUAACACCAUUCCAGCCAAUUUGCUAACCGUCUGGCUACAAUAUUGGCCAGAGGCGACUAAAACUUAUGCUGAAAACGUAUUUACUAGCUUCACUCAACAAGUCGGUUAUCCGGUCAUCACUGUCGAAUUGUCCGCUGACAAGAAGAGUUUCAGCGUUAAGCAAGAGCGUUUCCUGCUCAAAGAUCGUGAUACCGCCAACACUGAAUUACUCUACACGGUCCCAAUCUCAUAUACAACUAGCGAUGCGAAGAAUUUCACAGACACCACACCUAAAUUUUACCUGACCGCUACUAAAACGCCACUCACAAUUAACUUAACGAACAGCGCCGACUGGAUCAUACUGAAUAUACAGGAGUCUGGAUAUUAUCGUGUCAACUAUGAUGACAGUACUUGGGAUGCCAUACAUCAUACAUUGCACUCUGCUAGCUGGGGUGGCAUUCAUGAACUUAAUCGCGCUCAAAUAGUCGAUGAUUUGCUCAAUUUGGCACGUGCUGAUAUCGUUCAAUACGACAAAGCUUUGGAAGUGCUCGAGUAUUUGGAGAGUGAAACAAAUUACCUCCCUUGGACUUCGGCCUUUAAUGGCUUCUCAUACAUAACUAUACGUCUUGGCAGCGAUACAAAACAAUUUGCCGAAUAUAUACUCGAACUAACGAAAACGGCAUAUGAAAAGCUUGGCUUUGUGGAGAAAACGACAGACAGCGCCUUGGAUAUCUACACUCGCACAAAAGUGUUGUCUUGGGCCUGCAAGUUCGGUAAUGAAGAGUGUAUUAGCAAAUCAAAAGAAUAUUUUGCCACAAUUAAUACAACUGCCGUGCCUGUGAAUAUCCGUUCGGUUGUAUACUGUAACGCUAUGCGUUAUGGCACUGAAAACGACUACAAUACAUUGUUCAACAAAUUUUUGACAAGCAACUCGGCGACUGAACAAACUCUGAUACUCAGUACAUUGGGUUGUGUUAAAGAUGAAACCCUGAUUACGAAAUAUUUCAACGCCAUUGUGAGUGACGAUAUUCGCCGGCAGGAUAAAUCGAGCGCACUCAGCAGUCUGUACACCGAAAAUAAUGAGAAUGUCGGUCCAGUCUUCAAAUUAGUCACAGACAACUAUGACAAACUAGCCGAAUCUAUGGGCAGCUACUCUUCGGUUGCCACUGUAAUCGCUAAUAUUGCCGCACGUUUUACCACCACGAGUGAACAAGAGAGUCUGAAGACUUUCAACGAACAGAACAAGGAUAAAUUCGGCAGUGCCGCGUCCACACUUGUCGCCGCUGAAAAGACAGUGACAGAGAAUUUAGCAUGGGCCACAAACAAAUUGGGACAAUUUAGGAGCUAUUUGGAUAACCGCAAUAGCGCUGGAACUAACUCAAUUGCCAUUCUGACGAUGUUGGUAUGUGCUCUUGUUGGUCGCUACCUGCAGUGCCUGUGCUUGAGUGUAUAUUUAAUGAAUCUUUUAAUAACAACGUUUCUGCUGCUACUGGGCUGCAGCGCUGUUAUUAGUGAUGCCCCAGAACCUUCUUAUCGCCUAAGCAAGGAUGUUACACCCACAUCAUAUGAUAUUUGGCUGAGGCCAUAUCUCUUGGCCAGCGAUGGAGAACGCCGAUACACUUAUAAUGGGGAGGUCAACAUAACAUUACAAUACAGCAAAGGGCGGGAAAUCACUUUACACAAAAAUAUUGUUAAUAUAACUUCCACUUGGCUAUACAAAUACAACAACAAUACGCCUGUAGUCAUACAGACAUUUGGUACAAAGGAAUUGAUCUACGAUAACAUAACACAAAAGUUAACAGUGCCUUUAAAAGAAAACCUAGACCAGUACGAAAAAUAUAUGUUACGCUUUGGGUUCUUGGGACAAAUACGCGAUGGCAUGCAAGGCUUUUUCCGCGUCAAUUACACUAACGAAAACAAGAGGGAGAAAUGGAUCGGGGUGACACAAGCCCAGCGUAUCGAUGCACGCAGCAUAUUCCCAUGUUUUGACGAGCCCGAAUUUAAAGCUACAUUCCGCUUGGAAUUGAGUCGGCCAACUCAAUACAGGACAGUGUUCAAUGCAGAGUUAUUAGAGAGUAUACCAGAUGCUUCCAGCUUUAACCGCUAUUUGGACAUUUUUGCUGCGACGCCACCUAUGUCCACAUAUUUAUUUGCAUUUAUGGUUACUGAAUACGUAACAUAUGGUAAUGAUGAUCUUAAAGUAAUUACGCGUGUGGAACAUCAAAAUUAUACACGCUUUGCUUACGAAGUGGCGCAACGAGCUUUAAAAGCUUUCGACGCAUACACCCAACUGCCAUACAAGCAAUUAGGACUGCCUCAGAUGCAAAUUGCAACAUCACCGAAAUUCGCACAUAAUGGAAUGGAAAAUUGGGGUUUAGUUAUUUAUAAAGAGGAAGUGCUAGUACACAUGCCUGAUUACAAUGAUGGCUGGUCAGACAAAGAGUACACGCUCAACAUAAUUGUGCAUGAGACAGCGCACAUGUGGUUCGGCAAUAGUGUGACAAUGGAGUGGUGGAGUUACUUCUGGUUAAAUGAGGGAUUUGCGCGUUACUAUCAAUACUUCUUGGCGCACCAGCUAUAUCCGGAGUAUCAAUUAGAUCAACAAUUUGUUAUAAAACAAGUGCAUUCGAUAUUUGAAAUAGACGCUACGAACCGUACCCAACCGUUGACCAGUCUAGCUACAAGUGUAAAUACCCCAGAUGAAAUCGGUGAAAAAUUUAGCAGCAUCACUUAUGUGAAAGGCGCCGCUGUUCUGCGUAUGAUGGCGAAUUUAAUAGGUGUGAAUAAUUUUGAUAACGCCAUACGCGAUUAUCUAAAAAAAUAUCAUUUGAGAAACACCAAACCAGAACACCUCUUUAAACACUUGAAAAACCAUUGGCCUCUCAGGCCGACAGUUCAUUUGGAACAGUUCUUCUCCGAUUGGACCGAACAAGUCGGAUAUCCGGUGCUGUUAGUCAAUAUCAUUGCUAAAGGUCGAAUCAGGCUAACUCAGAAGCGUUUUUUGUUGGAUCCCAAUGAUGCUAAAACUGACAUACUCACAUAUACUAUACCACUUACAUAUACUAAUGACAUUGAGCGCAAUUUCGAUAACCUCACAGCACGUUAUUAUAUCCAAAAGGACAACGACAUGACUUUAAUUUUUGACAAACCUUACAAAUGGAUACUCUUCAAUCUACACCAGUCCAAUUAUUAUCGUGUGUUCUAUGAGAAAUCCUUACUGGGGCUACUUAAAACGGCGCUGUCCACAACAAAUCACAGCGGCAUACCAAUUAUAAAUCGCGCACAGCUGAUCGAUGAUUUAUUCCAUUUCGCACAAGUCGACAUGGUGAGCUACGAUGAGGUAUUUGAGUUUACGGAAUACCUGACAUAUGAAACCGAAUAUUUGCCUUGGUAUGCAUUUUUCAAGAACGUGCAACACGUAGCACAGCGCUUUACAUUGGAACAGCUAACUUUGUUUAGGAGCUACUUGCGAUCUAUUAUGUCUAAUGUAUAUAAGAAAUUGGGCAUAAAACGAAGCAAUGAUACAGUACUCGACAUUUACAAUCGCAAUAACGUCGUCAACUGGGCAUGUAGAUAUCAUAUGUUCAAUUGUGAUCGUGAUGCGGUAGACUACUUUACUGAAUUAAUGGGGACCUUCUCUAGAGCGCCAGCAGAUUUUCGCGAAACACUCUACUGUAAUGCUAUAAGGGAAAGCCCACUUACAUUUUAUGGAAUCCUCAACGAUUGGUUCAAAAAUGAGAAAGUGGUUAGUGAAAAACAGAAGCUCAUGCGAGCAAUGAGCUGUACACGGUUUUUCGCAGAAACACAAUACAUCAGAAUACUCAACGGUGAUAUACCCGAUGAAUAUGCCAGUAUGAGUAUAAUGGAAAUGUGUAAACAGAAUCCCGACAAUGUGGAACAUGUCUUAUACAUGGUCACCACUAGUAUUGAAUAUUUGGUACUCAGGGUUGGUGGCUGGGCGAACCUUGCUGACUUAAUUAAAGAUCUCGCGAACUACUUAACCACGCCAAAGCAGAAACGAGUACUGGAGGAUUUCGUGGAGGCGCAGGCCUUACAUUUUGGUACUUCUGUUUCAGUUCUUCACGAAGCCAUUGCUACUGUCAAAAAUAAUCUUGAGUGGGCAAAUUCGCACAUGCCAAAGCUACUCCAAUACUUAGAAAAACGAAAUGGUGCUGGAGUAAAGAGCGUAACUGCGAUUUUGCUGAUUUUCGUGAGCCUUGUGCAUAGGAAACUAAUUGUAAAUAAAAUGAAAUUAUGCGUAACAACUCUCCCGCUGCUUUUGGCGUUAAGCAACAUACUUUCGGUCAACGCUUACAAAGGCGAACCAGUCUAUCGCCUGAACACAAACAUUCGGCCUGUGUCAUAUACAGUCGUAUUGAAGCCUUAUCUCUUGGUCUCGGAUGGACCGCACCGUUUCACUGUUGAUGGUGAAGUUUUCAUAACAAUAAGAGUGAGAGGCGAGAAUGUAAGUGAAAUUACCUUGAAUGCGCACCAAAUUGAAAUCACAGGUGCUUCGCUAUCUGACAAUGGCAUAAAUGCCGGAAGGCUCAUACAAACGUUUAGUAACGCCGACUUAAACUACGAUGAAACUGCACAGAAGUUAACACUGAAGUUGGAGAAAGAGCUGACGCCGAAUGGGUUGUAUCUACUACACCUCGAGUACAUUGGUCAAAUACGCAACGAUCAAAAAGGAUUUUUCCACGUCAAUUACACCGACAGCAGCGGCAAGGAAAAAUGUGUCGGUCUAACACAGGCGCAACCCAUCAAUGCGCGUAUGAUAUUCCCCUGUUUUGAUGAGCCCAGCUUCCGAGCGCACUUCACAUUAGAAAUGAGUCGGCCAGCUAAUUACAAUACCGUUUUCAAUACUGCAUUAAUGGAGACUACGACAGACGGUGAAGAACGCUUUUGGGAUCGUUUUGCUUCAUCUCCAGCAAUGCCUACUUAUUUAUUUGCAUUUAUACUUUCUGAGUUCGUUUCUCAUGGCACUGAUACUUACAAAAUAGUAACACGUGUUGAGCAUGAAAAUAAGACCGACUUCGCUUAUAAGGUGGGCGAACGUGCGACGAAAGCGUUUAGCGAGUACUUUCAGAUACCUUAUAAAAAGUCGAUAUCUUAUAUGCAACUGGCAGCAGCGCCCAAUUUUCCAUAUAACGGCAUGGAGAACUGGGGUUUGAUGAUCUACAAAGAGCAUGUGCUGGUGCACGAACCAGGCUACACCGAUGACUGGUCCAACAAACAGUUCACUCUCUCGAUAAUUUUCCACGAAAUUGCGCACAUGUGGUUCGGCAAUAGUGUCACAUACAACUGGUGGAACCAUUUCUGGUUAAGUGAGGCAUUCGCGCGCUACUUUGAGUACUUUAUGGCACACAAGCUUUACUAUGAAUAUGGAUUAGCUGAUCAAUUUGUGGUGAAUGAAAUGCAUUUGGCAUUGAGUUUAGACGCCUCUAGAAGUACACAACCCUUGACUAGUCCGGACGAAGAAAUACAGGCACCAUCGGAAAUUGGUUAUAAAUUUAAUACUAUCAUCUAUACAAAGGGUGCAUGUAUAAUACGUAUGAUGGCCACUAUUAUGACGCAACCGAACUUUGACAAAGCCAUAAGGGAUUACCUUAAAGAAUUUCUAUAUAAAAGCACCACUCCAGCAGACUUAUUCAAACACAUCGAAAGCAAUUGGCUCACUGCGACACCUAUAGAUUUGGACCAGUUUUUUUACGAUUGGACCGAACAGGUUGGAUAUCCAGUACUCUUCGUAAACGCUAGCGUGGAAGGUGUCGUUACGCUGACACAGAAACGCUUCCUGUAUGACUCCGGUGAUGGUAGUAACAGGUCACUGACCUAUGCCAUACCAAUUAGCUAUGCCACAGACCAUGAACGAGAUUUCAGCAGUUAUAAUUUUCCACGUUUUUAUUUCUGGAAAGUCGACAACAUGACCAUUAGCUUUGAUAAGCCCUUCAAGUGGAUCAUUUUCAAUCUGUUUCAAUCCAACUACUACCGCGUCUUCUACGACAGAACUACUUUGUUUAAUAUUAAAGCGGCGCUAAUGGAACCGCAUCACAGCGAAAUACCAGCCGCAAAUCGUGCGCAGCUAAUCGAUGACUUAUUCAAUUUUGCACGCGUCUCCAUGGUAGACUACGAGACGGUAUUUCAGUUUUUAGAGUAUUUAGCGAAUGAAACAGACUACUUGCCCUGGCAUGCAACGUUCACGAAUUUACCGCGUGUAACACAACGUUUAACGCGACAGCAGCAAAAGGAUUUUGCCGAAUUUCUAAAUGUCACUAUGGUCAAGGUCUACACACAUCUGGGCUUUACGCUGACUAAUCUCACCAUCCUCGAUACAUACAAUCGGAAUGAGGUCAUUAGCUGGGCAUGUAAAUAUCAUUUAUUCGAUUGUGAUAAGCGUGCUCAGUUACUAUUUGAUAAGUUCAAGAAGUCUGGCACAAAACCGGCUCCAGAUUUCCGCGAAACAUUCUACUGCAGUGCGACGAGAGAAGGAACAUUUGCCUACUAUCAAACGUUGAAAAACAGGUUCGACGAUGAAAAACUGGUUAGUGAGAAGAAGAAGAUAGUACGCGCCAUGGGCUGCACAGGGCACUUGUAUGAAUAUCAUUUUGACAAGAUUAUCAGUGGCCUUAUACCCAAGGAAUACGCUGUGGAUGCAAUUACGUCAAUGUAUACACAGAAUCCGGACAACGUGCGAUCUAUAUUCAUUAUGCUCACCAACUCCAUCGAGAAAGUAGCGGAAGUUGUGGGCGGCUAUUCGAAUGCGGCGAAUUUGAUCAGUGACAUUGCCAAUUACUUAACCACACACGAGCAGAAGAAAUUAUUGGAAGAUUUUGUGAAGUCAAAUGGCACACUCUUUGAAAGCUCCGUACCGAAACUACACCAUGCUAUCUACGUGGUGCAUACGAACUUAAAAUGGGCGGAGACACGUUUACCGAGACUUAUCAAAUACUUGAACAAAUCGAAUGCGGCGUCUAUAAGCAGCUUAACUGCUUUUUCGUUUAUCGCCAUAAGUCUUAGCCAUGGACUUUUCUACACGUGCUGUUAAUUAGUUUUUUACGACGUUUUUAUGUUUAUUUGUCGACGCUGAUAUUUUAUUUUUAUAGUUUACUUGAGUAUUGAGCUUUUUAGCGUAA